AUGUGGAUUAUCUCGUUCUGGGUCUUCCCCAUCAUAUCGGCCUGCAUGUGGCUUGCCAUGCUCAUCACUUUGCUCGCUGUCUGGCUUAGAGACGGAAAACCAGUUUACCCCAGCAUGGAUGACGGCCAGACUAUCGCGUUUAUUUCUGACGUGGGCGCGUUCGGGAUAAAACCGUUCUUCAUCACGGGCAGUGUCGUUACCAUCGUGUUUCUGGUUCUGGCGCUCCUGUCGGAGCGCUGGUUGCGCCAUGCCGGUCAAUUAGUUCCGAAUAAAGGCCUGUGGGACAAACUAUGUGCCAUUGCCUCGAUCCUCUUCGCAAUUGCUGGUGGCGCGGGCCUGAUCCUGUUGUCUAUCUUUGAUACGUUCCGCCACCAACAUUUGCACCACGGGUUCCUGAUCAUGUUCCUUGGCGGAUACAUCAUCAGCGCAAUUCUAAUCUGCGCCGAAUACCUCCGUCUCGGCCUGUCCUACCGCCGCCAACACCGCGUACUUCUAGCCAGCUUCAUGAUCAAGGCGACUUUCGUAAUCAUCGAAGUCGGACUAACCAUCGGCCUCGGCAUCUGCAUGAUUAGCAGCGAUUCAUCGAAAAAGAACCUUGGUGCUAUCCUCGAGUGGAUCGUUGCCUUAGUUUUCACCGGGUACAUCCUCUCGUUCGUCGUGGACUUGUUGCCGUCCGUUCGUACGCGCAAACGUGUACCCCAGGGUGAGAAGUAUGCUAGUAUGAUGACCAUCCCGCAUGGUAGCGGGGAGUCGCUACCACAUGCCUCGCUUGAGCAGCCAUUGACGACGGAUUCGAUGGGGCCGGGCUCUCGCCGCACUCAGUGCGUUUGA